AUGUAUGACACAGUUCUCAUUCUACCUCAAUGCCGAGCAACUCAGAUCCAAAAUUGUGAGCCACGCCGGUCAGAAGACUCUCAGAGUCAUUGUAGGAGGUCCAUUUUAAAUGCUCCAUUCGAUGAAAUGACCUUGGCUAUGACCGAACUUAUUGCCAAGAAUAUCAACGAUCCAUCUAUCAAGGACUGGCUAUUCAUUUAUACUCAUAAUAUUGCCCACUGUUAUGUAAUGAUGGAAGUCGAGAUUGACAACGGUACUACGUACAAAGGUCAACUCUAUGGUGGUCAUAUGCUAAUCAUCGAUUGUGAUGAACCUAUGAACUAUUGGGAACCUACACACUACUUGAUGUAUGGUCAUGGUCUACAGACAUGGGAAUACAGUCCAGUGUAUGCACUAAGAUCCUAUUGCUAUCUAUUGAUUCACUCUGUCACCGGUAAACUAUUCUUGGAGCCACUCUCACAAAACAACAAAGUAGUACUAUUCUAUCUCAUCAAGAUAUUCAUUGGAUUGAACAGUGCAUUUGCUCAAACCAUUUUCAUCCGUGGUGUAAACAAUCGUUUCGGUAACAAAAUAUCAUUACUUACAACAUUAUUCAUGUUAUGUAAUCCAGGUUUAUUCUUAUCAACAACAACAUAUUUACCAACAACAUUCUCAAUGAUAACAAUUAUGUUUGGUUAUGGAUUUUGGAUGUUGAAUAGACCAUUGUUGUCAGUUUUUUCGUGUGCUGUAUCCGUGUUUUUAGGUUGGCCAUUUGUUAUUGUUUUGUGUGUCCCUAUAGCUCUCGACCUUCUAUAUCGCCGUGGUAUUGUAAAGUUGUUGCUAUGGGCAAUCAUUCCAACUGUAUCAGUAUUGCUACCAAUGAUGGCAAUCGAUAAACAAUACUAUGGAAAGACUGUACUUGCCAUCUGGAACAUCAUUGCCUAUAACUUUACAUCGAGUCAUGCCGGUGGAUCGCAACUCUAUGGUAUCGAACACUGGACAUUCUACUUUAUCAAUUGUUUUGUCAAUUUUAAUAUUGUAUUCUUACUAUCGAUGCUCACCAUUCCCCUCUACUUCCUUCUACUUUUAUUCAAAUCCAACUAUCUCGGUACUCUCAACAACCUACCAAGAGUAUUAACCCUACUCAUAGUCUCUCCCUAUUACAUAUGGUUUGCAUUCAUGACUUAUCUUCCACACAAAGAAGAACGUUUCCUAUUUGUCAUUUAUCCUUUCAUUUGCUUGACUGCUGCCAUCACCAUUUAUUUGGUUAUCAACAUACUUAAACAGCUAUUCUUAAACGACAGUUACUCUCAUAAGAAAUCAGACGACAACAAUCAACAAGUAGAUAGUGGAUUUAAAAGAUUCAUUAGAUCAUUAAAUUUAUUCCUACAGGUAAUGGUUGUAGUUUUAUUCUUUGGUUUGUCGGCAUCACGUAUUUUCUCAACCUAUAGAAACUAUACAGGUGCAAUAGAUACAUAUACCUAUUUGUAUGACCACGAGCUGAGAAGAGGUGAUACAACCGAGCCUCUAUUCCCAAAGUUUGCAUUCAACAAACUCGAUAACAACACUGUCAAUUCCAACUUUAAAGGUCACCUUCCAAAGCCAUUCACCGGUACCAGCAAUAUUCCGAGCAACAUGAACGACCGUAACCAAGAGGAACUCGACCGUUAUCUCGAUGUCUCAAGAUGUCACUACAUCAUAGACUUUGACUAUCCUUCACAACAAGAACCACACUACACCGUCGAUCCAUCGUUCACUCCCAUCUUUACCACACCAUUCUUGGACGCAUCACAAUCAUCAUCUUUGGCGCGUGCAUUCUACAUUCCAUUCUACUCUGACAACAAAUCAAAAAUUAACAAAUAG